GUACAAGGAUGUCGUAUGACACAGUGGAGCGGUUGCACGACGCCGUUGACGAGCUUGCUUCCUUGUUUUCUACGACUUUUAAAGAGAAAUGGUUGGAUGAUGAGAGAUUUGUGCUGUAUAUCAAUCAACUGUGCGCCUGUUCUGUACAUCAGUUGGCUCUCGAGCCAGAGCGAUUGGAGGAAGAACGACAACACACUUUGCAGCAAACACAGGAGUUAGCUUUUCAUAACUACAAGACAUUUGUGGAGGCAGCAGAGUGCUCAAGAAAAUUAUUCCAAGAUUUCAAUGAAGUUGAACAUCAUGUUGAAUCUAUUCUUGGUCGCCUUCCUGUCUUUAAACAGAAAUGUGAAGUGUUUGAAAAUUCAGCUCAUCAAAUUUCUGCCAGUCGUAAGUCCAACUCUGUACUGUUGAUGCAUCACACAAAACUACUGGAGAUAUUAGAAAUACCACAGUUGAUGGACACGUGUGUUCGCAAUAGUUAUUACGAAGAGGCGUUAGAGCUUUCAUCCUAUGUAAAGCAACUGGAGAGGAAACACACAGGACUGUCCAUCAUACAGACCAUUGUAACAGAGGUGUCACGGUGCAGUCAGUUGAUGCUAACUCAACUUCUACAACAGUUUAGAACAAGCAUUCAACUGCCUGCCUGUCUCAAGCUAGUUGGUUAUCUCAGACGUCUUGAUGUUUUUACAGAAACAGAACUUCGAAUUAAGUUUUUGCAAGCACGAGAUGCUUGGUUUCAAACCAAACUGAAUGAAGUGCCAUCAGACAAUCCUUAUCAUCACAUUGACAAGACCAUGGAACUUAGUCGUGUUAAUCUAUUUGAUAUUAUUACACAAUACAGAGCCAUCUUUUCUGAUGAUGAGCUUUUUCCUCACACUCAAAGUCAUCAUACUGACAGAAGGGCACACCAACCAGGACUGCUGCAUAGCUGGGUCAUUCAGAAAGUGUCUUCAUUUCUUUCAGUUCUUGAGUGGGACUUGCAGCGUGGAGUUGGAGGCAGACUUGAUUCUCUGAUGGGACAGUGCAUGUACUUUGGCAUGUCGCUGGGUCGAGUAGGAGCUGACUUUCGAUCUCUAGCAGCUCCAAUCUUCCAGAAAGCUGCACUACAAUCAUUUACUGAAGUGGUGAAACUAGGAGUAGAAAAAUUUCAAACAAGUAUGAAGACAUACACUCCAUCUUCAGUUGUUGGCUUCUCUUCAAAUACUUCAUCUAGUCUUCCUCUUGCUCCUCCACACAGUAUUUCUAAAUUUCCUUUCUUAGCUCAUUUAACAAACACAAUCUUGACUGCUUUCAAUGAGCUUAGGCAAUGCGCUCCAAUCGGAAUAUCCACAGCUGUCGUUUCAUGUAUCAAGGAGAGUCUUAUAUCAGUUGUACAAGCAGUUUGUCAAUAUUACAGGUAUCAACAGAAUGCUCUUGACUCGUCUGAGAAAGCUGUUGUUGAGAAUUUGUGUCGCUGUGUGAAACUGCAUUUCGUUCCAUUUAUUGUUCGCUGUGUUGAGUCACUCUUUCCGUCUAAACUGACAUCACUGUACAUCGGAUACAACCAGCAGACAUCUGAUGAACAGUCAGAAGGGAAAGUAACCAUCCAUUUGAAUGUUCGUGACAUCAUUCAUCCACUGUUGGACAUCGUGCCAGAUGAGGAAAUUGAAGUGAUAGACAAUUCUAUCCUAGGCUUAAUGAGUCUGCAACCAUUAGGCACCAUACUGACACCAAAGGGUGUGAUGAAGGAUGCUCCAGUAAAUGAUGGCAAUAGAGCAACUGCAGUAUACGCAACAGCUGGUCCUCUUGCCGAUGACAUUUCACAAGAUAUAUCACAAGAUAUAUCACAAGAUAUAUCACAGACUACAGACCACAGAUACAUUGGUAAUGCCAAGGGUCAACUUGAAACGGAAAACUCCGGUAACUGGCAAGGCAGACAGCAGACAGAAGCCUGUGGACAUCAGAGUACAGUUAAUAAUAGUGUGGAAGAGGUAAGUGCAGAUGACUCAUUUAAUUCGCUUUCCAUUUACAUGAACCAAGAUCCAGCAAUAGAACAAACAUAA